AUGGGCCGGCCAGGGGAGCCCGCGGGRCGUCAGGGGGGCUGGCACGGUGCCACGCGGCCCGCGCUGCUCGCCCUCCUCGCCACCGCACUUGUGGAGCUGGCRGCGGCCUCGUCGGCGCGCUCCGUGGCGCGCACGGACGGCGAUGUCAUCAUCGGCGCCCUCUUCUCCGUCCACCACCAGCCGCCGGCCGAGAAGGUGCCCGAGAGGAAGUGCGGCGAGGUGCGCGAGCAGUACGGCAUCCAGAGGAUCGAGGCCAUGUUCCACACGCUGGAUAAAAUCAACGCCGACCCCGUGCUGCUGCCCAACAUCACCCUGGGCAGCGAGAUCAGGGACUCAUGCUGGCACUCCUCGGUGGCCCUGGAGCAGAGCAUUGAGUUCAUCCGUGACUCCCUCAUCUCCAUCCGGGACGACAGGGAGGGCGGCAGCCGCUGCGUGUCCGACCCGCAAGCGCAGCCGCCGGGCCGGACCAAGAAGCCCAUCGCGGGCGUCAUCGGCCCCGGCUCCAGCUCCGUGGCCAUCCAGGUGCAGAACCUGCUGCAGCUCUUCGACAUCCCACAGAUCGCCUACUCGGCCACGAGCAUCGACCUGAGUGACAAGACGCUCUACAAGUACUUCCUCCGAGUGGUGCCCUCCGACACGCUGCAGGCCCGUGCCAUGCUCGACAUCGUCAAGCGCUACAACUGGACCUACGUCUCCGCCGUGCACACGGAAGGCAAUUAUGGGGAGAGUGGAAUGGAAGCCUUCAAAGAGUUGGCUGCCCAAGAAGGACUCUGCAUCGCUCACUCCGACAAGAUCUACAGCAAUGCUGGGGAGAAGAGCUUUGACCGCCUGCUUCGGAAGCUGCGGGAGAGGCUGCCCAAGGCGAGGGUGGUGGUCUGCUUCUGUGAGGGGAUGACCGUGAGAGGGAUCCUCAUUGCCAUGAGGCGCCUGGGAGUGCUCGGCGAGUUCCUGCUGAUCGGAAGUGACGGCUGGGCAGACAGGGAUGAAGUCAUUGAAGGUUAUGAACCUGAAGCCAACGGAGGCAUCACUAUCAAACUGCAGUCUCCAGAGGUUUUGUCAUUUGACGACUACUAUCUGAAGCUGCGGUUGGACACAAACACGCGCAACCCCUGGUUCCCUGAGUUCUGGCAGCACAAAUUCCAGUGUCGCAUCCCGGGGCAUCCGCUGGAGAACCUCAACUUCCAGAAGAACUGCACUGGCAAUGAGAGCCUAGAAGAAAACUAUGUGCAGGACAGUAAAAUGGGAUUUGUUAUCAAUGCUAUUUAUGCCAUGGCUCACGGCCUCCAAAACAUGCAUCACGCCCUUUGCCCUGGGCAUGUUGGGCUAUGCGAUGCCAUGAAGCCGAUCGAUGGCAGCAAGCUAUUGGAAUUCCUCCUCAAGUCCUCCUUCAUUGGUGUUUCUGGAGAAGAAGUUUGGUUUGACGAAAAGGGAGAUGCCCCUGGAAGGUAUGACAUUAUGAACUUGCAGYACAUAGAGCAGAACCGCUACGACUAUGUCCUCAUAGGCACCUGGCACGAGGGCGUGCUCAACAUUGACGACGACCGGAUCCAGAUGAACAAGAGCGGGAUGGUGCGCUCCGUGUGCAGCGAGCCCUGCUGGAAGGGGCAGAUCAAGGUGAUCAGGAAAGGAGAAGUGAGCUGCUGCUGGAUUUGCACUGCUUGCAAGGAGAAYGAAUUUGUUCAGGACGAAUUCACAUGCAAAGCCUGUGAGCUUGGCUGGUGGCCGAACACUGACCUGACAGGCUGUGAACCCAUCCCUGUAAAGUAUCUCCAGUGGAGCAAUAUAGAGUCUAUUGUGGCUGUGGUCUUUUCCUGCCUGGGGAUCCUGGUCACCAUGUUUGUCACCCUUAUCUUUGUGCUCUACAGGGACACCCCUGUUGUCAAAUCCUCCAGCCGGGAGCUCUGCUACAUAAUCCUUGCUGGCAUCUUUCUGGGUUACAUCUGUCCUUUCACCCUUAUAGCUAAACCCACCACCACGUCCUGCUACCUCCAGCGCCUUCUGGUGGGCCUCUCCUCAGCCAUGUGCUACUCUGCUCUUGUGACCAAAACCAACCGCAUUGCACGCAUCCUGGCAGGCAGCAAAAAGAAGAUCUGUACUCGCAAGCCACGCUUCAUGAGCGCGUGGGCCCAAGUGGUCAUUGCCUCCAUCCUGAUCAGCGUGCAGCUGACACUGGUGGUCACACUAAUCAUCCUGGAGCCCCCGAUGCCCAUCCUCUCCUACCCUAGUAUUAAGGAAGUUUACCUUAUUUGCAACACCAGCAACUUAGGCGUUGUGGCUCCCGUGGGCUACAAUGGACUCCUCAUCAUGAGCUGCACAUACUAUGCCUUCAAGACUCGCAAUGUGCCUGCCAAUUUCAAUGAGGCCAAGUACAUUGCCUUCACCAUGUAUACCACCUGUAUCAUCUGGCUGGCCUUUGUGCCUAUUUAUUUUGGGAGCAACUACAAGAUCAUCACCACCUGUUUUGCAGUAAGCCUGAGCGUGACAGUGGCCCUGGGGUGCAUGUUCACUCCCAAGAUGUACAUCAUCAUAGCCAAGCCUGAGAGGAAUGUCCGCAGUGCCUUCACCACCUCAGACGUGGUGCGUAUGCAUGUCGGGGAUGGCAAGGCACCUUGCAAGUCCAACACUUUCCUCAACAUAUUCCGGAGAAAGAAACCAGGGGCUGGAAAUCCAAAUUCUAAUGGAAAGUCUGUGUCAUGGUCUGAACCAGGUGGAAGCGAAGUUCCCAAGGGACAACACAUGUGGCACAGACUUUCAGUGCAUGUGAAGAGCCAGGAGGCUGGGUGCAAUCAGACCGCAGUGAUCAAACCCCUCACUAAAAGCUUCCAUGGCCAAGGCAAGAGCCUGACUUUUUCCGACAUCAGCAGUAAGACUCUGUACAACGUGGUGGAAGAACAGGAGAGCGAGCCCAUCCGCUUCACACAGCCCAGCAGCCCUUCCAUGGUGGUGCACAGGCGGGUGGCCACGACGCCGCCGCUGCCGGCCACGGUGGAGGAGACCCACCUCUUCCUGCCCGAGCAGUCCCCCAAGAACCUGCCUCUGCAGCCGCGCUCCCUCAUGGAGCAGCUGCAAGGAGUGGUCAACAAGUUUGCCCCCAGCAUCCCUGACUUCAACAGCGCGCUCCCCUCGCCCGGCUCGGGCAACGGUGUGCGGCCCCUGCACCAGGAGCAGCCCCCACCGCCUUCGAUCCCAGAGGUCUUCAGCCAGGAACCUGCAUCCCCCCCGGCCGAGGACGCAGAGAGCGAGAAGCUGAAGCUCAUCCAGGGCUACGUCUAUGAGAAGAGCACAGAGGAUGAGGAGGAUGAGGAUGAGCCAGCAACCAGCAAACUGACUUUGGAAGACUCUCCGGCACUGACGCCCCCUUCCCCUUUCCGGGAUUCGGUGGCUUCCGGCAGCUCCGUGCCCAGCUCCCCUGUGUCAGAAUCGGUGCUUUGCACGCCCCCAGACAUGACCUAUGCCUCUGUCAUCCUGAGGGAUUACAAGCAAAGUUCGUCCACCCUGUAGAGCACGGAUGUUGCCAAGAUGGGACGAGGAGGAGUUUGGCAGCU